AUAAAAAAUAUUAUGCCAUCUACAAGUUUUGUUUUGCGUAAUGCCUACUUGGCUUGUUCAUGACUAUGUUUGCGCAGGAUCUUUGUGUAAAAAGAAGUGAUUUCAAACUCCUUUUUUUGUAAUUAAAUGAUGUUUUUCUCAUUAAUAUUAUUAAUUAUAGAGCGGUAGGAAAAGGCAUCAAUGGGCAUUUUUGAUCAUUUAACUUGGGAAGGUUUUUGUUUUGACAAGUCUAAAGAAAAUAGUGUAAGAGAAGUUUUGAAAACAUCAGUGGAUAGAUACAUCAGUAUCUAGCUUUGUAUAUAAAGCCGAGCUGACUUGUGAGUUACCAUCAGAGCAAACUUUUGAUACACCAGGGAGGAUGAAGGUACCCCCUAUCUUCAGAUUUCUUUCCUAUGCUCCUUUAACCGUUUUCAGAGCUCAGAGACAUUGAGUUCUUGAAUGUCUGCUAUGUCUUACCAUCCCACCUGUCACACAGGAAUGAUACCAGUAAAACCUGAAGUUUUGUCCUUAGCAGAAACAUGUUACACCAUAAUCUUCUUUUCCCAAGACACAAAUCCCUAAAUUCACAGUGUUUUCUUUUAUCCUGUGCAUAGUAGAAACCAUCCCAUCAAUGGAACAAUUAAUAGGUUUUCUUUGUUGUUCCUAGUGACAUAACUUCUUGAUGCAGAAUGUUGAAAUGGUGUUUUUAGAGGAGUGGGAGUUGAUGUCUCAACAAAAUGCUUUUGUUUUGUUGUAACUCGCAUUAACUUAAAUUGUGCUGUAAUAAUCGUGAAUGUGCAAUAACAGAAUUACCCUUCAGAGUUUUAUUUUGUAGAUCUGUCUGGCUUUCCAAGUUAAUAAAUAACUCUCUUCUGGAACGAUGAUACCUGGCUGAACUUGUUUGCUCGUUUUCUGCUUCUGAUGAGUGUUUUCAUAAAUAGCUUAUCACCUUUUUCCUCAACUGAAUUUUUUUUUUUCCAUGCUGAAGUUAUUUUCUGCUUACUGGUCCUUGUACUUAAGGCAUUCUGUAAUUUUGAUCAUUGUUGUUGAUCUUCUUUAGCCCUCUUCAAGUCAAAGGAAAGUUAGUUCGGUGUUCUUUCAAUGCAGUCUCCCAUAACAUCCUCAUAGGUAAGCUAAGGAAGUGUGGGAUGGGUGAGUGAACACAGAGGUGGAUUGAGAGCUGGCUGACUGAUAGAGCUCAGAGGGUUAUGAUCAGUGGCGCAGAGUCUAGUGGGAGGCCUCUAGCUAGUGGUGUUCCCCAGGGGUCAGUGCUGGUUCCAGUCUUGUUCAAUGUCUUCAUCUGUGAUCUUAGUGAAAGGACAGAGUGCACUCUCAGCAAGCUUGUUGAUGAUACAAAACUGGAAGGAGUGGCUGACACGCCAGAAUACUGUUCUGCCAUUCAGUGAGACUCGGACAGGCUGAAGAGUUGGGUGGAGAGAAACCUCAUGGAGUUCAACAAAGGGAGUGCAGGUUUCUUCAGAAGGAUUUGGAACGUCCAAAUGACCCUUUACAGUGCUCUGAAUCAUUCCUUGGGAACACUUGUCCGCUGUUGGUUGGAGGAGGACCCUGGGCACUUAAUGUGAGUCAGUGUGCCUGGUGGUAAAGCACUUAUCUGUGUAAAGCCAGUCAACUUGAAAAGCUGGAUCUCAGACGGUGCCUUAUUUAGAGCUUUACAGUAGCUGCCUCUGCUGUGGAUUUGGAAUUAUUAGCUUUGUUUUGAAGAAAGGAAAUAAGUUGAAUGUAACCACAUUAUUUAGCCUUUCAGCUCAGGUGACGUUUUGACUCAGAAACUUUGACUCAAUUCAAGAAUAUGAAAAUCCUGAGCCUCAGCUUUCUGGAAAGGUUCCUUAACUACCCAACUGAAGCCAUCUAUCAUGGGAUACUUAUUGUUCAUGGAUGGAGCUGAUCUCUAGGCAGAAAUGAGGACAAGUGAAGCCAUUUCUAAAUCAAGAAGAAUAUCGAAGAACCGAGGAUAUUGUGAAAAAUUUUGAAAAUGGGAUCGGCAGAGAGCUGCAUCAGAAACUACUGGAAAGAGCUAAAAGCAGAAGGAAUUGGCUGGAGGACUGGUGGCUGAAUGUGGCUUAUCUUGAUCUUCGCACAUCAACGCAAAUAAACUGUAACAUGGGAGGCCCUGGACCCUAUAUUGAACACUGCUGGCCACCCAAAGAAGGCACUCAGAUAGAGAGAGCAAGUGUAAAUAUAUGGCACACCCUGAAGUACUGGGAGCUAUUACGAGCAGAGAAAGUGCCUAUAGAGAGAUCUGGGAAUGCUAUUCUGGACAUGAGCCAAUUUCGAAUGCUCUUUAAUACUUGCAAGGUUCCUGGAAUUACCAGAGACACACUCUGCAACUGUUUUAAGACUGUGACUGAAGGUGAAUGUCCAUCUCACUUAGUAGUCCUGUGUCGAGGCCGAGUGUUUGCAUUUGAUGCUAUACAUGAAGGCAACAUGCUGACUCCUCCAGAGAUUUCCAGGCAACUUACGUACAUCCAGAAAAGAUGCCAUAGUGAACCAGAUGGACCAGGACUGUCAGCCUUAACAAGCAAUGAGAGGACAAAAUGGGCAGAGAUACGUGAGUAUUUAAUUGGUCUGGAUCCGAAGAACCUAGCUCACCUCGAAAAAAUUCAGCAAAGUUUGUUUGUGGUCAGCCUGGAUGAUUCUAGUCCCCAUGCAACUCCUGAGGACUACACGGAGAUAACGAGGUUGGGACUAGCAGGUGAUCCAACUGUGCGCUGGGGAGAUAAGUCCUACAAUAGCAUAUUCUUCUCCAAUGGAACCUCUAGUGCAUUCUGCGAUCAUGCUCCUUUUGAUGCCAUGGCUUUAAUUACCAUGUUAUCUUCUGCCGAAAAAAAGAUUAUUGAAAAUGAAGGAAAAUGGAAGGGAUCAGAUAAAGUGAGGGAUAUUCCAUGGCCAGAGGAACUUGUAUUCACAGUAGACCAAAAAAUUAUAAAUGAAAUUGAACGUACUAAAGAAAUAUAUUACGAAAAGGUAUCUGACCUGCAACUGGCGUGUUAUGCCUUCACAUCCUUUGGCAAAGCACUGAUUAAGAAGAGGAAGCUUCAUCCAGAUACAUUUGUGCAGCUUGCCCUUCAGCUGGCUUAUUACAAAUGUCAUGGCCGCCCGGGUUGCUGUUAUGAAACCGCAAUGACCAGGAGGUUCUAUCAUGGCCGCACAGAGACCAUCAGACCGUGUACCAUGGAAGCAGUGGAGUGGUGCAGAUCCAUGCUGGAUCAUUCUGCCAGUAACUAUGAACGCCUGCAGCUGAUGCAUGUGGCAUUUGCAAAGCACAACAGAAUGAGGAAAGAUUGUGAGAAUGGAAGAGGAUUUGACCGUCAUCUCCUGGGUCUCCUUCUCAUAGCACAGGAGCAGGGGCUCCCAGUGCCAGAACUCUUUGUGGACCCUGCCUUCACAGCCAGUGGAGGAGGUGGGAACUUUGUUCUUUCAACUAGUCUGACUGGCUACACCAGAUUCAGUGGAUGUGCACUCCCUAUGGUACAUCACGGCUACGGCUUUUUUUAUGCAAUCAGAGAUGACAGGAUUGUAGUUUUGUGUUCUUCCUGGAAGUCGUGCCCAGAGACCAGCGCAGAAGUGCUGUGCAGAACUUUAUUCCAGUGUUUUCAGGACAUGCUGCAGUUAACAGUUACAGCUCAGUUAUAAAAUUGGUGAUGAUAUGAAAGAGCCUUUACAAGUUCCCAAGUUGUGUUGUCGUACUUGUAAGUGAAAUGCUACAUAAUGAACUGUUGUAUUCAAGCUAAGACUUCUAAUAAUGUGCACAAAGUCUUCCUAUUUUGGUGGGAUCUACACUAAGUAAUGUAGCCAUUUGCAACAGCAAUGCAAGCAGUAGUAUCUGUUGUAUGUAGAACUAUGCAAUACAAUAUGCCUCAACAAUGCAAAUACACUUUUGAGAAACACGGUGUUGGAAAUGGAGAACUUUUGGGAGAUUUAUAUUUAUGAUCUUAGUAGUAACAUCUAGAAUAGAUUGUAGUCUAAUGAUAAGUGCUCCACUGGCAAAAACAGUUAACUGUGUACUUUGGAGUAACCACACUAUUGUCUUGGUGACUGUGCUGCCUGUUCGUAGUGGUUUAUGAAAUAGCCUGAUGGGGGCACCCCUUCUAUAUGCUAUUUUCUAAAUUCUUUCAUUUUUGCUACCAGGAUUACAUAAAAUAAAUGUCAUGUCUCUGUACAGGGAUGUUCCUACUGCAUUUAGAAUAUACAAGCACUACAAAAUGAAGUAUUUUAAAUCUCAAUAAUAAAUACAGAAAGUAGCAUAUUAAUUCAAAAUGCUUCGGAGUUUACAUCAUCUAGUGAGCUGUGAAUUUCUCUGCUGCUUUACACUAGUAAUACACAGUAACAGAAAGCACUGAAUACAGUUUGAGAUUCUCAGGAUUUUAAGACUUUGAUUCCUCUGUUUGAGCAGCUUUUAAUUUUCUUCUCUUAAAAAUAAAAUUACUCAAAAACUCA